CCGGCGCGAAGAUGGCGGUUUCGGUGGCAGGGCCCGGGUCGGUGGAGGCGCCCAGUUCACUGCUGCUCGUGGUGGGCGGCGAGUGCGGGUGCCCCGGGCUGCUAGCCUAUGUGCUGGAGGAGCUUGAACGAGGCAUCCGGUCAUGGGACAUUGACCCUGGCGUCUGCAGCCUCGAUGAGCAGCUCAAGGUCUUCGUGUCACGGCACUCGGCCACCUUUUCCAGCAUUGUGAAAGGCCAGCGGAGCCUGCACCACCGUGGAGACACCCUGGAGACGCUGGUCCUCCUGAAUCCAUCAGACAAGUCCCUGUGUGACGAGCUCCGGAACCUUCUGCUGGACCCUGCCUCUCACAAGCUGCUGGUGCUGGCUGGGCCCUGCCUGGAGGAGACGGGGGAGCUGCUGCUCCAGACAGGGGGCUUCUCACCCCGCCACUUCCUCCAGGUCCUGGGGGACAAAGAGAUCCGGGAUCUCCUGGCCUCCACACCCCCGCCUGCAGACCCGCCCAAGCUCACCAUCACCUGCCCGACCUUUGGUGACUGGGCCCAGCUGGCACCCGAGGUGCCCGGCCUCCAGGGCGCGCUCCAGCUGCGGUUGAACCCUCCAGUACAGCUGCCGGCCUCUGAGGGCCUGCGUGAGUUCCUGGAGUACGUGGCCGAGUCGCUGGAGCCGCCGUCCCCCUUUGAGCUGCUCGAGCCUCCGGCCUCCGUGGGCUUCCUCAGGCUCGCCCGGCCCUGCUGCUACAUCUUCCCUGGCGGCCUUGGGGAUGCUGCCUUCUUCGCCGUCAAUGGCUUCACCGUGCUGGUCAAUGGUGGCUCCAACCCCAAGUCAAGCUUCUGGAAGCUGGUGCGGCACCUGGACCGGGUGGACGCCGUGCUGGUGACCCACGCGGGCGCUGACAGCCUCCCCGGCCUCAACAGUCUGCUGCGGCGCAAGCUGGCGGAGCGUGAUGAGGCGGCCGCUGGCGGGGGCUCUGGGGAUGACCGGCUGCGCAGGCUGAUCUCCCCCAACCUGGGCAUCGUGUUCCUCAAUGCCCGUGCCGCCGCCUCGCGGCUGGUACGCGGGGAGGAUGAGGCGGAGCUGGCCCUGAGCCUCCUGGCCCGGCUGGGCAUCACCCCCCUGCCUCUGAACCGUGGGCCGCUGCCGGCCGAGCCCACUGUGCUCUUCCAGAAGAUGGGCGUGGGCCGGCUGGACAUGUACGUGCUGCACCCGCCCUCGGCCGCCACUGACCACACGCUGGCCUCUGUGUGCGCCCUGCUGGUGUGGCACCCCGCGGGCCCCUCCGAGAAGGUGGUGCGCGUGCUGUUCCCUGGCUGCACGCCGCCCGCCCGCCUCCUGGAUGGCCUGGUCCGCCUGCAGCACUUGGGGUUCUUGCGGGAGCCUGUGGUGACCCCUCAGGACCUGGCGGGGCCUCGGCGAGCUGAGAGCAAGGAAAGCGUGGGCUCCCGGGACAGUUUGAGGAGAGAGGGCCGGACGACGGCACCCUCCAGGCCCGCCCAGGAGCGCCCCGGGGUGGCCCAGAAGGAGCCACUGCGGGCUGAGGCCCCACGCAAGGCUGAGAAAGAAGCCAGGCCCUCCCGGGAGGUGAAGAAGGACCCCAAGCCGAGCGCCCCUCGGACCCAACCCCGGGAGGUGCGGCGGGCGACCUCCGCUGUGGUCAGUGGCAAGAAAGCAGGUGCCCAGGUGGCUCCCAAGCCCCGCAGAGCACCCAACACACCCCGCCCGGGUGUCCCACCAGCCGAGAAUGGACCCCGCAGCCCACCUAGCUUCCGGUGCAGAGAGGCCAGCCCCGCCACGGAGACCUGCGGCUCCCCGGCCCCCCGGCUGGUGGCCACGCCCAGCCAGGAGAGCAGCCUGGAAUUGGGGCUGAGCCCAGCCGGGGAGGAGGGCGGCAGCUUGGAGGAGAAGACCCUGGAGCUGCUGUUGGCCACCAGCACCCCCGAGCCAUGCACACCCUCACCCGCCGGAGCCCACCAGGGCCCAACUGAGAGCAGCGGGCCACUGUCACUGAGCCCGCUGCGGGGUGGGGAGCCUGGGCCAGAUGCGUCCCCCACAGCGACCACCCCUACAGUGACCACUCCCUCGCUGCCCGCCGAGGUGGGCUCCCCGCACUCCACAGAGGUGGACGAGUCCCUGUCCGUGUCCUUUGAGCAGGUGCUACCGCCACCACCUGCCGCCGCAAGUGAAGCCGGGCUGAGCCUCCCACUCUGUGGCCCUCGGGUGCUCCGCUCGGCCUCCCCACACGACGUGGACUUGUGCCUGGUAUCACCCUGUGAGUUUGAGCACCGCAAGGCUGUGCCCAUGGCGCCGGCACCUGUGUCCCCCGGCAGCUCCAAUGACAGUAGUGCCCGGUCCCAGGAGCGGGCGGGUGCUCCAGGGGUGGAGGAGACGCCACCCACGUCCGUCAGCGAGUCCCUGCCUACCCUGUCUGACUCGGACCCCCUGCCUGCCGCCCCUGGCACCGCGGACUCGGAUGAGGACACAGAGGGCUUUGGGGCCCCUCGCCGCGACCCACUGCCUGACCCGCUCAAGAUACCCCCGCCACUGCCCACCCCACCUAGUAUCUGCAUGGUGGACCCUGAGAUGCUGCCUCCUGAGCAGGCCCGGCUGAGAGAGGGCCUCGGCCGUACCCGGAAGCCCCUCACCCGCCCCAGCCGUGGCACCGCUGCCCCCAAAGCCACUCCAGUGACCGCUGCCAAGACCAAGGGGCUGGCCAGUGGGGACCGGGCCAGUCGGCCACUCAGCACCCGGAGCGAGCCCAGUGACAAAGGAAGUCGGGCACCCCUGGCCAGAAAGUCCUCAGUCCCCAAGACAACCACUCGAGGUCCAUCCGGGUCAGCUGGCAGUCGGCCAGGAGGGUCACUGGCCCCGCCGAGCUCCCCCGUCUACCUCGACCUGGCCUACUUGCCCAGCGGGGGCAGUGCCCGCCUGGUGGACAAGGAGUUCUUCCGGAGGGUGCGUGCGCUCUGCUACGUCAUCAGUGGCCAGGACCAGCACAAGGAAGAGGGCAUGCGGGCUGUCUUGGAUGCACUUCUGGCUGGCAAGCAGCAGUGGGACCGUGACCUCCAGGUGACCCUGAUCCCCACCUUCGAUUCGGUGGCGAUGCACGAGUGGUAUGAGGAGACGCACGCCCGGCACCAGGCGCUGGGCAUCACGGUGCUGGGCAGCAACAGCACUGUGUCCAUGCAGGACGAGGCCUUCCCCGCCUGCAAGGUGGAGUUCUAGCCCCGCCCCCAGCACCACCCCCCGCCCCGAGUCCGCCACAGUCCUGAGGUGCACCUGUGUCAGAAAUAAACCAGGUACUCCGCGCGGCUGUGGCCUCAGUUCCUUCUGCCGGCAGGAGACUUGGCAGCACCCCGGAUGGUCAUUGCUGCCAUGUGGGUCCCCAGUUUUGGGGGGGGACAGCUUCUGUGGAAUCCCCAGUAGCCUCCAGGUCAGGCAUGCUCUGGCUUCCGUGUCACAGAUGGGAAAACCCAGGCCCAAGGGAGGCAGUGCCUCUCAGGUGAUGACCCCUGGCCAGUGGAGCUCGCUGCUGACCAUGGCCCUCCAGCCCAUCCCAGCGGCCGUGAGGGCCCCGUUUUAUAGACGGGAAAGGCAGCUGCCAGACCCCGGCCACACAGACCAUUUAGUGGCCUAGCAGAGAUUUGAACCCCAGUCUCUGUGCUCCAAAGCCAUUAAACAAAAGUUGCCCUCUGUUCCUAGGGAUAAUUGGGACUCGUGGCAGGAAAGUCUCACUCUACAGCAAGGUCUUAAAAGGUAAUCUGAGGGAAUUCUCUGGUGGUCCAGUGGUUAGGACUCAGUGCUCUCACCGAUGUGGCCUGGGUUCAAUCCCUGGUCAGGAAACUAAGAUCCCACAAGCCACUUGGCUUGGCCAAAAAAAAAAAAGCAAUCUGAAACUUAAAAGCUACAAAACAUCAAUUUCCUGAUGAACCCCCUCCCUGAUCUCUCUAUUCUGCAUGUACAGAAACACCUAGAUAGUGUUUUCAAUAAGAUGCCAUCUGCACUGGGUUGAAUGGUGACCUUAGAAAACUUAUGACCAAGUCCUAACCCCUCAAUACCUACCCCCCUUUUCUCACGAGGAAAGACUUCUUAGUCCAGGGUCUCAAGAUGGGUUACUGUUUAUACAUGAGGUUGUAUCACCCUGAUUUUUCAUCUUGGCCAAACUGUUGAGUACAUACAGGUGCUGCCUCCUUGUUCUGAUUUCAUUUCUUUCCAGGGAGAUUUUCUUAUAUUUAUUUUCAAUUAGCUGGUUCACUUUUUUUUAUUAGACAUUUGUCUUUUUCUCAUUCAUAUAUCAUAAUUCCUUUUUUUUUUAAUAGGGACAACAAACUUGUUAAAAAUUUUAAUUGCAAACAAAAACACGUAACACAGGGACUUCCCUGGUGGUCCAGUGGUAAAGAAUCUGCCUUACAAUGCAGGGGACGCAGGUUCAACCCCUGGUCAGGGAACUAAGAUCCCACAUGCCGUGGGGCAACUAAGCCUGUGCGCCACAACUACUGAGCUCACACGCCUCAACUAGAGAGCCUGGUGCUGCAAACUACAGAGCCCAUGCGCUCUGCAGCCCGCGCACCACAACUACAGAGCCCACAUGCCCUGGAGCCUACACACCACAACUAGAGAAGAGAAAACCUGCUGCCACAACUGGAGAGAAGCCCGUGCGCUGCAACAAAAGAUCCCGUGUGCCACAACUAAGACCUGAUGUGGCCAAAAGUAAAUUAAAUAAAUAAAUAUAAAUAUUUUUUUUAAAUCCUCAAGAAAAUAUUAAAAAAAAAACACACGCAUAACAUAA